GUUGGCUGCUGUUGCUACUAGCUGCUUGUUGCUACAUGUUGUUGUUAUUAAUCAAAGCUAUGGUUUUGGGGGCUUGUGCUUGCUCUGCCUUUGCACAAAAAUAUGGCAUAUGCUAGUUUAAUAUUUCAUCACCAAAAUAAGGCAUAUGCUAGUUUGACAUUUCAUCACCAAAAUAUGGCACAUGCUAGGAAUUGGGCCUCGCUUGGUUGACAUGUUCAAAGAAGCUUAUGAGAGUGUUGAAGUUCCAAAGUAUGUGGACACUGUUACUCCUGAAUACAAACCCAAGUUUGAUGCCCUAUUGGUGGAACUGAAAGAAGCAGAUGCAUCUCUGAAGGAGUCUGGAAGAUUAGAGAAAGAAAUUGUAGAAGUCCAAGAGUUGAAGCAAAAGAUCAGUACCAUGACUACAGAUGAAUAUUUUGAGAAACGUCCAGAGAUUUUGUUCACAAACAGAAAUCAAAGUUCAGAGGUGGUUGAUAUUGAUAUUUGUUUCUCUGCAAUGACUUAG